AUGGCUCGUGUCGGCAUUCCCUCUGCCCGCGAGCCGGCCUUUCCGGCAAGAAAGGGAAGCCGGCUGUCAACCGACUCAGUAUCGCGACCGCGUUUGAAAAUGAAGAUGCGAACUGCUUCGACUGCUUCCGGCAUGGAGGAUCAAUGGACUGGUGACGCUGGGCAGGCCCCGUCAUCCUUAGACGUAGAUGCCUCACGCGAGCCCUCGUCUUUUCCCGAACACUCCGAUUAUUCGAAUUCGAAUUCGCCUGAAUCAAAGAGGCUAGGAGGAUCCAUGCGUUCCACCAAUCCCCCAGGAAGGACCCCAAUCGACACCGAGACUGCCUGGCAACCUGAUUCAACCCAUCUCAUGUCAUCUUUGGGGUUCAACGAGUCCUCCGAGGGACUCAGGAGCAAGCCGAUAAAGCCAAAAGUCCAUAUCAAGCCAAUACUUCGGAAGAUGUCGCGCGACGAUGCGCCGUCCACCUCAAUUGACCUGUCCCGGUCCUCGACCGAACAAGAGGGACUGGGCAUUUACAUGAACUUCGAAAGAGAUCGCCGUCGUAGUGAAUCUCUAACUGGCGUAACAUAUCGCAGAACUCCUUCCGGCCUCCACCAUAGGUCCACGAGCGGGACAUCUCAAAUUUCAUCGGCCACUGGGUCGAGUGGAGGUAAGCCAGCCGCGUCGCAAUACGUUUAUCCAAUGCGCCCUACUCCUCGGGUAUACACCCCGCCAUUGUGUGAAUCGUAUCAAACAUCGCCUAGCGACAGCGAAGGCGAGGACGAUGGCCUCGAGGCGGAAUCUCGGACUGAGUCUCGGGCACCUUCGGUGAUGGAGACCCACCGUACACAUCGUGCUUCCUCGGGCCCAAUGCCUCGGCUCUCGUUGCAGAUCGAAGACGACUCCCUCACUCGUCUUUCUGGGAUCUCGCAGACAAACAUCUCGAGCCGACCAUCAUUUGGUUAUUCCCGCGACAAUGGAAGCACGUUGGAUACGACGUCUCCCACCUCUCGACCUUCUCUCGACUUUGUUUUCCGAUCUCGGACCAGGACCAGCACCGAUCCGGUCUCUCGGCAGGCCACGGUCCAGGCUGCCCGACAAGCCUUCGAGGCGAAAGAGGCUGCCAAAAGCCGUCGGAUUGAAAAGCAGCAGAUCAAGGCCGAAGAAAAGCAAACUCGACGUCGUGUGAAGCGUACCCAAUCUGAGGGACCGGGGCCCGAGUUACCGGCGUUUCAGUCGAGAGAAGAGGUCUGCGAGAAGACCGGAAGCAUGAACUCGAAUGAGCGGGAGCCUCAGACUAAGACUUUCAAAUCUGAGGGGCAGCCAUCCGAUUCGUGGAAAUCGCAAUCCAAGAGCACUUGGGUGCUUUUCAUGACUUGGCUUCGGACUCGAGUGUUCAAGUUCCGGCGAAAGCUGAAGAAGGUGAACUGA